CAUAUCCAGCAGCGAGGCCUUCCAACAAAGAACGUGCAUCGGGAACAGUGAACAGUGGCUCCUCGUUUAUACAGUGGAAUACAAGAAAACAGUUUGCCUAAUUUCCUGGCACUGCAGUCAAAGGGGAGAGUUUGUGGAACGCAGAACCCAGCAAGACCCGGGAAUCAUGCAGAAUCCCAAGCCUUCUGGUGCCUUUGGGAAAGGAGAACGUCGCGAGAGAAGUGCCUGGCGCCACCUGCUGCUGCUUCUGUGGAAGAGCUUGUUGCUGCGGCGGAGGCACUGGCUCCUCACGCUUCUCGAGGUCAUCCUGCCCGUCGGCCUCUUCUCGGUCAUGCUCUUCAUCAGACUCAUCCCGGGAUCCAACUUCUCCACGUACCAUUUUAACGAGACCAUCGCAAGGCCAGAAGAAGAGUUCUAUUUGCGGGAACAAGUGUGCUGGAAAUACGGGACGUGGUUUGGCAAUGCGUGCCGCGCCUAUCCCACCAGCCCAGCAACAGUAUACUACGGUCCCGAUACCCCUUUUACACAGGAUAUAGCUAAAUACAUCGCCCAGGAGCUUGGCUUUCUUGAGCAAAACAUACGAGCAACCGCCUCCAACGACGAGAUAGACAAGCUGGUGGAGAUGUCCUACUAUGCGAAAAACUCCUCUCACUCCCCCAGCAACUACAAUGUGGGUCUUUUCUUCCAUCUGGAUGAUCGGGAGAGUUCUGACCCUCCCCAGAAGUUGGCCUACGACCUCCGCCUUCCCGGCCGGUGGAGCACAAUGUGGAUUUAUGACUUCUUGCAACUGCCCGGACCUGGUUAUUCCAACGAAGUUUACAAAGACCAAGGAUUCACGCUGAUCCAGUCUCUGCUGGACCGAAGAUACAUAUCCAUAAUCAGCAAUGACACUUCGUAUACGGAUAAUUACAAGAUCGAAAUCCAAAAGUACCCGUAUCCGGCUUACGACUCUGACCUCGGCAUCAGUUUCGUCUACUCGACCGUUCUCCCGUCCUCCUUGGUGAUGGCGCUGGUCCUGCUCGCUCCGUCGCUCAUCAAAAGUGUCGUUCAUGAAAAGGACACAGGUGUCAGGGAACUGGUCUGUCUCAUGGGGAUGAACCGCUGGCUCGUGUGGCUGGGGUGGUUCCUCCACUCCGCCCUCUUGAACGUGGUGGUCAUAAGCGCACUUACCGUAAUGUUGUCGGUGAGCAUGUACAACGGUGACCUCUACGUGCCUCCAAUCCUCGCCCAUACCGACACUGGGUAUGUGUGGCUGCUGCUCUUCCUCUACAGCUUCUCCUCCAUUGCCUUCUGUUUGGCGAUCUCGACCUUCUUCAACAGACCCACGCUUGCUAUGACCGUGGGGAUCCUGGUAUGGUUGCUGUCCUAUAGUAUCCCCAAUAACCUCAUGUAUUACAAGUACGACACUCUCGGCCAGGCUCCGAAGGUACUAUCAUGCCUCUUGCCCAAUAUGGCUAUCACAUGGGCUUUCAAGAUCAUCCAAAUGUUCGAAGGAAGAGGUAAAGGUGUUGUUUGGAGCACUAUAUGGGAACCUGGUAAUCCUCGCGACCAGCUGAAUCCUGCCAUCAUACUGAUCAUGUUAGCCUUCGAUACCUUCCUCUAUCUGUUAAUCACCUGGUAUGUCGAUCAGGUCAAUCCAGGGACUUACGGCGUCCCCCAGCCUUGGUAUUUCCCAUUCCAGAAGAGUUACUGGUGCGGAUCAAGGCUAACGAGUCACAGUGGAUCACCUGAAGACUUUGGCGAAAACCAGGAAUACUUUGAGAAGGAACCUGCUGGCCUCAAACCCGGGAUUGUCAUUAAGAACCUGAGGAAAGAAUUUAAAGAGCUUGGGAGGAAGACAAAGGUGGCAGUUGAAAAUGUGUCUCUAACAUGCUAUGAAGGUCAGUGCACGGUGCUACUUGGUCACAACGGCGCUGGGAAGACGACUACUAUGUCCGUGCUCACAGGGGUGUAUGCUGCCACUAGUGGCUACGCCGAGGUCAAUGGCUGGAAUAUUGCUACUAACCUGAGUGAAGCUCGAGAGGAACUAGGUCUUUGUCCUCAACACAACAUGCUCUUUGUCGACCUGACUGUCUUGCAACAUCUACUCUUCUUUGGACGGCUUAAAGGCCUGACCAGCAAAGCAGCCAAAGCAGAAGCACUUGAAAUCCUGACGCGACUGGAACUACUGGACAAGCAACAAAUGUUCGGCAAUCAGCUCUCUGGAGGCAUGAAGAGGAAGCUCAGUCUAGCUAUAUCCCUCAUGGGUAGUACGAAGGUCGUCAUCCUGGACGAGCCGAGCAGUGGGCUGGAUCCUGAGUCUCGACGCUGGGUCUGGGACGUGGUGCAGGGAGAGCGCGGGCGUCGGACCUUCCUCAUCACGACGCACCACAUGGAAGAGGCGGACGUGCUCGGGGACCGCGUGGCGAUCAUGGCUUCGGGGCGGGUCGUGUGCACAGGCUCUACGCUUUUCCUCAAAAGAAAACCUUCGGUCAUUCAGUGGCAUUCUGACAUUUCUUCAUUCGGUUCCUUGUCCAUGGUUUCAGGUGAUGGCUAUACUCUGACUGUGAUGGUGAAUAAUGAAACUGUGGUAGAAGCUAUCAAGGGAAAAGUGGAGGAACACUUGCCUUCCGCCACCCUGGCCAACGUCCACAGUGGAGAACUGACCUUUAAACUCCCGCCGGACACCGAAAAGUUUGCUGCCAUGCUGGACACCCUCUCGGCCCACAAGGAAACGCUGGGCAUUAGACACAUUAGCCUUUCCCUCACUAACAUGGAGAGGGUUUUCCUCAGAGUUGGCGAACUGUUGGACGGUGGUAGUAGCACUAAUGGAAGCUCCGUGAAUCGUGGCACUAACGGCUUAACCAUGACACAGGGGAAUGGAAGCACGAAUGGAGGAGACUGCAGCUCUGUGGGAUCUACCUUUGAUCUUGAGUCUGGCUACACCAGUAGCACUCACCAGCUUCACCGGGACGAAGACAAUAAUAGAAGGAAGCUCCAAGGAAAACCGUUGGCAUUUCAGAGGCUUAAAGCUUUCCUAAUCAAACGGCUCAUCUACUGUAAGAGGAAGUGGGUCCUUCAGAUAACACAGAGUCUGAUUCCUGUGCUGGUGAGCAUCAUUUGCCUCCUUGUGGACAACAGCAUUCAAACCCUGUCGAGCAGUGAGCCCCCACUCCAGCUGGGCCUUGACCUCAUCUCCCCGUCGACCUCUUUCGUUCACGCCGAUGGAAAUAAGCAGCCUCUAAUGGACCAUUAUGUGUCCCUAUUUUCUCCUCCACAUAAGAUAUUAAACGCUACCAACAUGACAGCAAGUCUUCUUAAGGCUGCCAACGAGAAUAUCCAAUACUACCGGGAAAACAGCAUAUGCUCCGCCGAAUUCCUGGACCUCCCGAGCUACCCCGAAGAGCACACUCGGCUGAAUAUGCUGUACCAGUCUGUCCCGCACCAUGUCCUGGGUAUCAGUACCUCUCUGGUGGACAACGCCCUGUUACGACUUGCGACCAACUCAGUGGACCACGAUAUCACCACGACAAAUCGCCCGCUGCCGAUAGACACAACUUGGCAGUUCCGGACAGAUUUUUCCACUAGCGCCUUGGUGUACUCCAGCGUGAUGCCUCUUGCUCUCUGUUUUCUCUCUGCCUCAUUCCUGGUCUUCCCACUGCAGGAGAGGGAAACUAAGGCUAAGCAGGUCCAGAUCAUGACUGGCGCCCCUGUGUGGGCGCUCUGGGCCUCAUCCUUUGCGUGGGACUUCUUGGCGUACAUGGCAACAGCGCUCCUGAUCUUCAUCUUCUUUGUGGCCAUCAAUCCGAGCAACUUCUUUUUGGCUCCCCAGGCCGCUGGAGUACUCUUCUUUUUGCUGAUGAUGUACGGGUGGGGCAGCAUCCCCCUGUCCUAUGUCUUUAGUUUCCUCUUCAAGACAGCAGCUUCAGGUUUUGCUAUUCUCACCCUUAUCAACAUUGUGGCAGGUCAGAUGUUGAGCUUGGUGGUGUACAUACUGAGCAUGACUGGAGUGUCUGGAGCUGAAACCGCCGGGGAUGUUCUUCAUUGGAUCAGUUCCAUCAUUCCUACCUAUCCCGUAUCUGUGGCUUUCCGACACUUGGUGCAAACGAGCGUGCAGAAUUCCUUCUGUGACAAAUUUGACGCGAACAUGACUGCUCAGCUGUGUGCGCUCCUCGCCAUUACUGAUCGGAAGAACGAUUUUGUUCAAUGUUGUCCGGCCGUGUGCGGCAGGAACAACACCACCCCUUGCUUCGAGUGGCAGUCCUACUUCCGCUUCAGCGAGAACGGCAUGGGACCCGAUCUCCUCACACUCUUCGUCGACGGCCUCAUCUUCUUCUGCCUCGUCGGCCUCAUCGAGGCUGGCUUUGGACGCGUCUUGCUGCGGUGGUGGCGCGAGUGUACGGGGAAGGCUGGGAUGUUCCGGCGAGCCAGGAUAUCCCAGCAAGAAAUGCAUCAGGACGAGGACGUCGUGGCAGAGGAAGAGCUGGUGAAAAGGAUGAUGGCCCGCGCACAGGGAGAUGCAGUCUCGGCGGAUAAAGCGAUGUUUGUUUCUGAACUAUCAAAGCACUUCUUCGGCUCGCUGAUUCCCGCCGUCAACAAGGUGAGCUUCACUCUUGGGCGUGGAGAAUGCCUGGGGCUGCUGGGUGUCAAUGGGGCCGGCAAGACCACCACCUUCAGGAUGCUGACGGGCGAUGAAGAACCCUCAGGUGGGAAUGCCUUCAUCGACCGGAUCUCGCUGAUGCACCAGAGGAACAAGUUUGUGCAGAAUGUAGGCUACUGUCCUCAGUUCGAUGCCAUUAUGGGUGAACUAACAGGCAAAGAGAUGCUAUGGUUAAUGGGAAGACUCCGUGGUGUUCAUGAUAUUACACUACGGAGGGAAGUGGAAGAGCUAGUAGCACUGGUGGACCUGACAGAGUGUGCGUCUCGGCCGUCCUCGACGUACUCUGGCGGAAAUCGGAGAAAGUUGUCUACUGCCAUGGCGUUGGUUGGGGCGCCGCCCCUGAUUUUCCUUGACGAACCCACAACUGGUGUGGACCCAGCGUCUCGCCGUCGGGUGUGGACGGUCGUGAGUCGCGCGGUUAACAACGGGCAGAGCGUGGUCCUCACCAGUCACUCGAUGGAGGAAUGUGAAGCUCUGUGCUCCCGCAUAAUCAUGAUGUCCAAAGGAGCUUUGCGCUGCGUGGGCACCACGGGGCAUCUGAAAGCGAAGUUUGGCCAGGGUUAUAGCCUCCAGGUCAAGCUGAAGACCCAUGACCUUAGUCAGGCCGGCGACGAUGAGAAUGAGCGGAUUUAUCAGUCCAAAUUAUCGGAACUAAAAAAUAUUGUAAGCUCAUACUUCCCAGGUGCAACGGUGUCAGACGAACACAAGGGAACGAUUGCAUACUUAGUUCCGAAGAACAUAUCGUGGGCGUUGUUAUUCUCGGUCAUGGAAGACCUGAAGGCAGGACGAAAGCCCGGGUCAGAACAUCAGAGUCAGCCACAACCGACAGAUAGCGCGAGUAUGCCACCAUUCGUUGAAGACUACGCUGCCUCCGACACCUCCCUGGAACAGGUGUUUCUUUCCUUUGCUAGGGAAGCUAAUCCUGGUGAGGUAGGAGCAGCGGUAAAUCCCCAAACCAGCACAGGGAAUCUCUCUGAACAAUCAAGCAAUAGACUAAGUGAAGGUGUGGCAGGAGGGAGUGAAAUACAGCCGACGCCAGGUAAUGUCAGCAGCCCGGGAAUACAGACUUUUCAGGAAUUUUUCUCUCCCCAUAACCCAAACGAGCAGCAGAUUUCAAUGGUUACAGUUAAUAAUUCCAGGGAUUUACUGACUGAACUCUAGUCAAAGUAAGGUAGACUGUAUACUGUAUAAAUGUAUUUUAAAUGUCAGACUUCUGAAAUAAUUAUACUAUUAAAAUCAAGUCGGAGGUCGCGCUCCCUUUCAUCAUCGCAAUAGACAAACAUGUUAUCGUACCGCAUACCGUCAUGUCCAAGGUCUAUAUACUUCUUUAGAUCUUGGUCACUUAGAAGCUACAAAUGCGAAUACACUUCCCAGAUAUAUGCCGAAUCUCCAUUUUCAACCACUGGGCCGAACCUCUUAGCACCUUCCCUCCGUAGAUUUGAGAUUAUGUCGUCUAAGUACCUAUUUUAUGUAGGCCUAUAUUUUUUUCAAAUUAAAGGUAUUAAAAGUUGAAUUAAACAUUACGUGUAGCCUACAUCUGUAAGCAUUUCUAUUAAUAUUUCUACUCUAGCAUGAAGAAAAAUAUUUUGAAAUCAACCGAAACAGAUCAGCAGUGUAUAAACAGAUGUUAUGAAAAUCGAAAUUGGACGAUGUUAUUCACACACGCAUAGCAGGAGUCGAUUUACGAAGCAAGUGUUAAGAAAAUAAGCUUCAAAUACUGUAUUAUCAAUUACCGAUCAUGUUCCAGCCCUACCAGCCGUAUAAUAAAUCCGUAGGAGAGGGCGUGGCUUCCUUUUUUCUAGAAUGAACGCACUAAAGUGGAUUUCUACCUGAUAUGAUUAUCAUGUUUAUGUAUACAUUGAAAUGCUAUAGUGCCUCGCUGAUUCACAUAACUGCCAAGUAAAAUGCCUUUAUGCAUAUUUUUGAUCUCUAAAUUCACAUAGUCUAGAAGUCAGAUUGUUUGAUUAUGAAUCUGUUGUAAUAGAUUUCCUUUGAUUGGUUAUCAUAAUGCAUGAUUUUCUUCUCAAUGUAUUUUUCUUAUUAAUGUUUCAGAGCAUUGUGCGAAUGGCCAUAUGUAGAUGAAGUUAAUAUAAAUUUGUAUAAAUGUAAACCCACAUUUUUUUCUCGUUCUAAAAAAUACAAAAAAAUAGAUAUUU